GGAUAACUUAGACUUGUACAAGCCGGAACUGCGGCGUGUACUGUGGCCGCUUUUCGUUUAUUCUUUCUUGAAUAUGGUGACCUCUCUAUAUACACCAGAAGCUAGGCAGUUCUUUGACGGGAACAAGAACCUCUUUUUACCAGAACACACGGAGGACGUACGGGCGCUAGAGCCUAUCAGCUUGCCUGAGCAUGUUCAAGAUAACUCAAUUGCCAAACUAUAUCGCGGUAAUAAAUACCGCCUGGUUCUAAGCAAUCCAGCCUUUGGCAGUUUGAUGCAGUUUCUCGAAAGCAAGCAGAAAGAAGGUGGUUCUGUUAUGUCUGCAAUACUGAGCAGCUAUUGCACUAUCAUUACCAAAGAGCGCGCGGCUGAUGAUAGGUUCAGCUUUGCGGCACUGCUGUCCCAAGCUGGUAUGGGUCAGAGUUUCCCUACAGAAGAUGAAGGCAUUCCAGGUCAUCAUCCUGGCUCUGCAUACACCGGGGACAAUCCCGCGAUGGCUGGCACCUUGCCGCGACUUAGGCUAGCGAAGCUUUCCAUGGAGCAGGCUCUUGAAGGUGACGUGCGUGCUGAACUCGCAGAUGAAGAUGCCAAGAAUCCGCCAGGCCCUGGUCAAAACAGCUUAACGCAGGAGCUUGACCAAAUGAUAAAAAAGGAAGAGGACGAUGAAGCUCCGACGCGCGCCGAUAUCCCGUAUCCGCCAUCGACUGCGCGGGAUGUAGCGAUUGAGGUGCAAAAAGUCAAGGAGAAUCGUGAUAGGUUUCGGAUUGAAUCUAGGACAGGAGGCGUUGGUCCUGCCGUUAGUGUGUGCAUGUUCACUUUCCACAACACUUAUGACGGGAUCAACUGCCUUGAUUUCUCGGAUGAUAAUCUGCUCGUUGCAGCUGGUAUGCAAGAGUCAUACAUCCGCGUUUGGAGCCUAGAUGGAAAGAAAAUCCCUUCAGACGACAGUGCAGAUGAACCCCCAACUAAUUCGCGCCGCUUAAUCGGCCAUUCGGGGCCUGUAUAUGCAGUGGCAUUUGCCCCAUCAGCCACCCCCAGUGAGAACGCCGUGGCACCAACAAACGCCCGAUGGCUCCUUUCAUCUUCCGCCGACCGAACCAUUCGCCUUUGGUCCCUUGAUCUCUGGCAGUGCAUGGUUGUCUACAAGGGCCAUGAUCAGCCGGUCUGGGAUCUUCAAUGGGGCCCCUUCGGCCACUACUUCGUCUCCGGCGGCCAUGACAAAACUGCCCGGCUUUGGGUAACUGAUCACAUCCGUCAACAGCGCAUCUUUGUCGGCCACGAGCAAGACGUCGACUGCGUCUGCUUCCACCCCAACUCCGCUUAUGUCUUCACGGGAAGCUCAGACCGCACUGUCCGCAUGUGGGCCGUUACUACCGGCAACGCAGUGCGCAUGUUCACCGGUCACACUGGAAACAUCACAGCCCUGGCGUGCAGCCGCGACGGGAAAACCCUCGCCUCCGCGGACGACCACGGGUCUAUCUUGCUCUGGGAUCUGGGACCCGGCCGCCUCCUCAAGCGUAUGCGCGGCCACGGAAAGGGGGGCAUUUGGUCGCUUAGUUGGAGUGUAGAAUCUAAUGUGCUUGUCUCCGGCGGCGCAGACGGCACAGUUCGAGUAUGGGAUGUUAUGGGUCCUGCCCAUGACCCGUCGCAGGGCCGCGUUGCCGGAGAAGGCGGCGCAGGCACGAAGAUUGACGGGGCUUCCUCCGCUGCCGCGAAUUCUACGCAGACACCUGGCACCGUUGGGCCAGGGAUGGGCAGCGGCAAGAAGAAGGGCAAGGACGUUGUUGUCACACCGGACCAGAUUAGUGCGUUCCCCACUAAGAAGAGCCCCGUCUACAAGGUGAAAUUCACCAACAUGAAUUUGAUUAUUGCUGGCGGCGCUUAUCUUCCUUGACUGGCUUGCAUGUCUCUGAGGCUGGGUAUAUUGUGUGACUAUCUGACGCCAGAUACCCCUCCUAUUUUUCCGCUUUCGUGAUCGUUAUCUUUUCUCUUCUUUACCUCAUACCUCAUACUUUUCUGGGAUCUUAUUCUGCAUGGACUUUCAGACCAACCGGACGGCGUCCCGGCUGGGUUGAAUGGCGUGGUGUUUUUCGGUGAUUUAACAUGUAUUUGUACCGUGUAGCUGCAAUUGGUUGGCUAUAGAU